AAAAUAUACCAUAAGAUGCAGCGUGAAAAGCACUACAAUUUACAUAAGGCCAUUUAUUUUAUAGCUGCACUUUUUGCUUUCAAAAUCGAUAAAGUUUUGAGGGAUCAAAUUUUCGGUAUUGAGAAAAUUGGUCGCAUAGAAUUUUCCUUUUUUUGAAAACAAUUACAAUAAGCUUUACUGUGUAGAUUGUAGAGCUUUUCACGCUGCAUCUUGUGGUAUAUUUUGUUUUUCUUUUGGUAAAGCAUAUCAGGUGAUAAACAAUGAAAUAACAAAAAUGAAUUCGUUGUGUAUCGAAACAUUGUCUUUUUCGCAUCUUCACAAUUUGAUUGCUCCAAAUUUUGUCGAUUUCGAAAACAAAAAUUGCAGCUAUAAAAUAAGUGGUCGUAUGCAAAUUGUAGAGCUUUUCACGCUGCAUCUUAUAGUAUAUUUUGGUUAUUAAUACAACUACUAAGAAAUCGAAAACUGCAAUGCAAAACUUACAACCAGCAUAUAACCAGCCGAAAUUGGUUUUAUAGAUAAUUUAAUACUAUGAGAUUAGUUGAAGUACGAUCAAAUAGUAUAGAAAGAUGGAGCAUUUUUUUCUCUAUCAGACUAUAUAGAAAGAAAGUUUCUUAAAGCCUACUAUAAGGUAUUAAAGUGUCACUGCCAGUACUUUUGGUAUGCCCUAAGUAUCUUUUUUCCUAUGAACAAUAUUUUCAAUAAAAAGACUUUUAUUUUGUAAAAUAUAGAUGGUUUGUUAUUAAAGAUAGCUAUAUAGUUGAUAUACGACCAGAUACACAUGAAAUAUGUUUUCCUAUGUUAGUUGAUCGUGAUUUUCAAGUUUCCACUGAUCUUCAAAAUAUUGCUAGUAAUGAUAGUAUUAAAAUAAGCAAUUCACAGCGUACAUUAGUUAUUAAUUCUCGAACAGCACGUGAUUGUGAUGAAUGGACAAAAAAUUUAUCAAAUUUAACUGAACAAGCAAAAGAUUUUGUCAAUGAAACACGAAGUCGAUUUGAUUCAUAUGUACCUGUUCGAGCAAAUCAAUUAGUUUAUUGGUUCAUUAAUGGUAAAACAUAUAUGGAAGCCGUUGCUAAAGCACUUUUAACAGCUAAAGAAGAAGUUUUUAUUACUGAUUGGUGGCUUUCACCUGAACUUAUGUUGAUUAGACCAGCAGAUGAUAAAACAUUUCGACUUGAUAAUAUAUUAGGAAGAAUAGCUGAUGCAGGAGUUCGUGUUUAUGUAAUGCUUUAUAAGGAAAUGCCAUUUGCUUUAGGUUUAAAUAGUUUAUAUACAGAAAGAAAAUUAGUGUCGAAAAAUGCAAAAGGAUUUAUUAAAGUUAUUCGACAUCCAAAUCAUAAUACUACGAAUGGAAUUGCCUUCGUUGGUGGAAUUGAUUUAUGUUAUGGCCGUUGGGAUGAUGAAUAUAUGCGUCUUGUCGAUUUGGCCGAUAAAAAUGAUACAACAUUGAAAUCACCAUCUGAUAUAGUUGCAGAAAACAUAGCGUCGGGUGGUAGAGAAACGGUAGAAGCAGCACAAAUAACUACUACGAAAAUGGCUGAACAAGCUGGGGAAAUAUCUAUUAAGAGUUUAAAUUGUCUGAGAUCAGCAUUCACUCCUCUAAAUGAGAUACAUGCAGAUACUAAGCUUCCUGAUUCAACUGAUGCAAAUAGUACAGCAUAUGAUAUGAAAUUAAUAGCUGAAACUUGUAAAUAAUUUCAUUCUGCUUUUUUUUUUCUCAAAUUGUUGACUAUUCUUGUUUUUAUCUCGUUAUCAACGGAUGCAAUCAACGUUGACAGGUAAAAAUAAAUGUCAUUUCUUAUCUACUUAAAAGAAGAAUCAGACGAUAAGAAUGUUUACAUAUCAGGAAAAGAUCAUUCUAAAUUAAAUUACUGUUUUCUAUGCAUGGGAAUGAG